GGUCGGGCCAGAGAGGUCUUGGCGGUGCAGCUGAAAAGAGGCGAGGGAGCGCGUGGAUCAUGCCCAAAUUCACUUUUAGGGAGAGGAGGGAGAUCGGGGAGCAAUUUAUACAGUUUCUAAAGGAUUCUGGCAGGCAAGCCGUGAGCAGCAGAGUGGUACUCAGGACGAUUUACAACGAGGAGUUCAGAAACAGAGAUAACGAAAGAAGACCCAAUUUCUCCAGUGUGCUGUUUACACUUCGGCAAAGCGGCCGUGCUGUAGUAUCCGAGGACAUUGUGCAGUUUGGCUCUGUGCAGAGGAAAGUGAAGUUUGCCAAUCAGUACUGGAGACCAGGAAAUGAUGCUAGAGAUCAGACUCCUCUCGGUCCUGGAUCAGGUACUGGCCCAUCUCCUCGAAGACCACGUGCUAAGGACAGAGCUGAAUUCAUUUCAAAGAAGAAUGGCGUGGACAUUGUUUCUCAGCAUGAUCUGCCGAAUGGCCGUAUUCGCUUUCCUGUGUCUCCUAAUGAGGCCAAAACAAUUACUAUACUUGUCAAAAAUGGUGGGACUCAUGAUGUGACUCUAUGCACCUUCAGAACCUUGCGUAAAAGUCGUGAGUUAACCUUUGUGGUAUCCCAGCCUCCGCCUCUAAGACUUCUAUCAGGGGCAUCAUGUGAGAUCUCAGUGUGCUGCUUGACACACUUCUAUGGCUACUUUGCAACACCUGUGCUGCUUGAGUUCACCAGUGAGCAGACUGAACUUUUCACAAUUGGGCGUUUUGUGUCUGCUGUUGCUAACAGCAAAUUAGCAGAACAGCUGGGUCCUUCUGCUCCAUAUCGACCCUAUGAAGCCAGUCUUCGUAAACCUCAGCUUGUGACUACAGAGAAUGGCAUCCUGCCAGAUGACUCUGAACAGUAUGAACUUGAACAGGAAAUACCUCUAGACAAAUACCAGUAUCCAGCCUACUUGAAGGACAUGGUCAGUUACCUUCAGGAGGGCCAUGCACCCAAUUAUGGCUCCCGUGCCAUGUUUGCCAAGCAUCGGAAUGAUCUGAAAGCCACCCUGGAGUUUAACAAUUAUUCCGAGAAGUUUAAAUUAUUGCUUCACCUGGAAGAAAUACAAAUGGAGGUGGACAUCCGCCGAUACGACAUGGAGAACGUUUGCAUGGAGGCCGAUCGGCAGAAUAGGAAUCUGCUUGUCCUGAAGGUACCUGGUGUGGCUGAGAACCGCCCAUCGGUACUGAGAGGUGAUCAUCUUUUUGUGACUUUGGCUGAUAAUCGUGAACAGAGCCCAGUUCUCCGGUACCAGGGCUAUGUACAUGCUGUGGAACUCGAAAAAGUCAAGCUGGGCUUCUCCCCAAAGCUGAGGUCCCUGUUCAUCGAUAACAUGAAGUUUGAUGUGACUUUCACCUUCAAUCGUCUGCCGUUACGGGUUCAGCAUCGGGCAGUUGUUCUUGCCCAGGAGAGGCAACUGCAGCAUUUGCUCUUCCCGUCUUUCUGUUAUCGGGAAUCCUUGCUCUCUGCUGGGCAGCGUCUCAG